AUGUAUCUUCACCGUCUCGGAUUCCUCACGAUAUCAAGCCUUAGCUUGAUAGCAUCAAUAUCCUCCUCUCAAGUCCCUUUGUCUGGAUAUGAGACGAGAAUUCUCGAUAACGACCCUCACAUAGAUCAUGCCCGUGCCAAUGCUCCUCACAUCUUCAGCGCCAUACAUUCCUCCAUACGACAAUGGGGAUCGUCGCUCAAACACAAUGGCAUGUCAUUUUUCCGCGCCAGUAUUCCGAAAAAUACCCUUCUGUAUCACGGAACGCAUUUUAAAGAUCCAGUCACUGGGAUGGAAUGGCUGGCUUUCGAAAUUGAACAUGCUGAAGUGUUUGCAAGGAUGAGAGGCCCUAGAGGACCAGGGAGAGGUCAUCCUGGUGAAAGGCCUGGUGAACGACCACCACCACCAACUGAUGGACCAAGUCGGCAAUCUGGAGAAACACCACUAAAAGAGUAUAUUGAUGAAAAAGAUAGUGAGCCAACAACUUAUGGGUAUCUCCAUGUUUAUCGCACUUCUCGCCCACUUACGAGACUCCUCUAUCUCGACGGCAUGAGCGCGGGAAAGACAUUAAUGGGAACACUCGACACGCAGGAUUACGUCAUAUGUAAAGACUCGAAUACAGGCAUUAUCAAUCCAAUGGAUGAUUACGUGAGGGCAGAAUGUAUGUGCAAAAUAGGCGCGGAGCAUGGAAUCGAGGGCAUCAUCAGGAUGGAAGCUGGCUUUGAACUUAUCCUUUGCAACUUCUCGGCGAAUUUGGAAUUCAUCACUGCCAAUCAGAGACCAAAAUAUGAUGCUCCAGAGGGCAUCUUGGAUUCUUCUCAUUUUGAGUAUAUGCGUGGAGUAGCGGCACGUUAUCAAGGUAUCACGGCUGGGAGGAUGAAAGUGGAUUAUUCGAGUAUGGUAUCUGCGUAUUUCUAUCCUCUGAAUCUCACGAAUCCGAACUCUUCAAGACCAGAAUUACCGAGAUUGCCCACCUCGGACCAUGAAGGUCUUGCACAGAUCAAGGCCGAUGUUUUGGAUAUCUUCUCUCAGGGUAGCGAGAUAAAGACUGUGGACUGGCAAGGAGUUGUCGACAUGGUUGUCACCCGAUACUCGGACCGGCUGAAGUACCUCACUUCCACAAAGUUACCUGACAGAGCUGCAUUGUCCGAGGUCAACUUCUUACUCAGCGCUUUCAUUGAUUACACGGACCUCAAUAUCACACACGCUAUCGAAAGUUGUUCAAGAAUCUAUCUCCCAGCAAUCACUUCACCAACACGAUCAGAUGGACUGAUCUACGAAGCAAUUCUCACGGUUACUCAAAAGAUCUGCAGUACGCUAUUCAAAAUACGAGAUAUUCUUCUUGAAGGAGAAGAGGAACAAGACAGCAUGAUGAAGAAGUCCAAUUUUCACAUGCAGGAGUUGAUUGAGUAUCUCGAUUGGAGCACAUGGCUGGAGUGUGGGAAGUGCGCUUAUGACGAAGUUUGUUAUGUCGCUAUUUGGCCUUGGGGCAGUGUUGAGGAUCAUGACAACCCUGGAUGCGUGAAUAUGGAUGAUAUUUCCAGUCGGAGGGGUUACUGGGGCGGGUUUGGGCCUCGUUAA